UUUCAAAGAAAACUGAAGCUUUUGUUUUUUUGCGGCCACAUCCACUUGCACCUUGUUUAUUUGGCCCGUGUUGGCCUGUGAGUGUGACAGGCUUGGCUUGAGACUUCCGGCUGUUGGUGAGGACGGAAGAGGCUGCAGAAUGAGUCCUGAUGGUGCCAGGACGUCGUCCGAGGGAUUUAUCAUGAACCAGGCCGGCUGUUCACAGGCGGGAGAGGAUCCCCCCACGCUGAGGCAGAUGCGCAGGCAGUUUCCAGAAGCUUCCCAUGGCUCUUGCAGCUCCGCACACAGCCCUGCUGUGAGAAUGUCCCGGGGCUCAGUGAUGCGUGCAGCCUCAUGUGAGGCGUCGCCCCCUGGGCAGGGCCAGGCGGGCUUGCCUGUCAGACCUGCUCGCCUGCUGCUGUUCAGCCCAGACCGCCCCAGCGUCCCUUCUGCAGGACCAGGAAGCGCAGCAUGGAGCCGGUCCCGCGGAGAGCAGGUCCGGCCAUGGCGGAGCUGCACCGCACGCACUCCUCGCUGGCAGCCCUGGACGAGGAGACGCUGUGGGAGAUGACGGAGAGCCACCGCCACCGGAUCGUGCGCAGCAUCUGCCCCAGCCGCCUCACCCCCUACCUGCGCCAGGCCAAGGUGCUGGGCCAGCUGGACGAGGAGGAGGUGCUGCACAGCCCCCGGUUCACCAAUUCGGCCAUGAGAGUGGGGCACCUGCUGGACUUGCUGAGGGUGCGUGGGAAGAACGGGGCGCUCGCCUUCCUGGAGAGCCUGAAGUUCCACAACCCCGACGUCUACACCCUGGUCACUGGGCUGCAGCCCGACGUGGACUUCAGCACCUUCAGUGGGCUCAUGGAGACGUCCAAGCUGACCGCAUGCCUGGCCGGGGCCAUCGGCAGCCUGCAGGAGGAGCUGAGCCAGGAGAAGGGGCAGCGGGAGGUGCUGGCGCAGCAAUGCCGGCGGCUGCAGGAGCGCCUGGGCCAGGCGGAGGCCCGGGCCGAGGGCCUGCAGCAGCUGGAGGCCGACCACGGCCGCAUGAAGCGCGAGGUCAGCGCCCACUUCCAUGAGGUGCUGAAGCUGAAGGACGAGAUGCUCAACCUCUCGCUGCACUACAGCAACGCGCUGCAGGAGAAGGAGCUGGCCAGCACGCGCUGCCGCGGCCUGCAGGAGGAGGUGCUGCUGCGCCCCCGGCCCACCCAGAACUCCCUGCCCGCGGAGAAGGACAUCCUGGAGCAGAGCCUGGACGAGGCCCUGGAGAGCAAGCAGGAGAUGGUGGACCGCAUCCACUCGCUGAGGGAGCGGGCCGUGGCCGCCGAGCGGCAGCGGAAGCAGUUCUGGGAAGAGAAGGAGCAGACCCUGCUGCAGUUCCAGAAGACCAAGGUGGACUGUGAGAUCUACAAGGAAAAGGUGACCGCCCUGCAGAGCCAGGUGGCCGAGCUGCAGAAGGAGCGGGACCAGGCCUACUCGGCCCGAGACGCCGCCCAGGUGGAGAUUGCCCAGAGCCUGGCGGAGAAGGACGCGCUCCGCAGGAAGGUGUUCGAGCUCACGGACCAGGGCUGCGACCUGCGCCAGCAGCUCCGCCAGCUGCAGGCUGAGUCGGCACAGGGGCCCAAGCAGGAGGCGGGGCCAAGGGAGCCCUGGCGGAGGGGAAAGCAGCGGCUGGUGCGCAUGUUCGCCAUCUCGCGGGACGACAGUGACAGCAGCUGCAUCAGCUCCUCCGAGCUCUGGUCGGACCUGAGCGCCACGCCCAGCCGCGAGCUGGUGGACAGCGUCCGCUCCAGCAGCCCAGUGCCCCCCAGCCAGCUGUCCCUGUACAAGCGAGCCACCGAGGACUUCCGGGAGGAUCCUUGGUCCUUCAGUGGCUUCUCAGAAAUCCUGGAGGGGGACUGGGGAGGCUGCCCGGCAGCGAAGGCGGCUGACGUCGACCUGGAUUACGAGAUUGUAGACAGAGCAGACCUCCUGGAGUCUGAGCACAGCCCACAGCUGAUCUCCAGGGGCCCCUGCGUCUCAGCCAGCAGCGUCCCCGUGCGGCGGCGGCCGGCCCGGAAGCUCCCGAGCCAGGUCACGGUGCUGGCCUUCCAGGGGGACGCACUGCUGGAGCAGAUGAGCGUCAUCGGCGGGAACCUCACGGGCAUCUUCAUCCACCGCGUCACCCCUGGCUCGGCGGCCGACGAGAUGGCCUUGCGCCCAGGCACCCAGAUCGUCACG